AUGGGGAAGCAUGUGGCGGCGCGUGGCUACGUGUCUUGUCCUCAUGACGGUUGUCGCUACAAGUGGAAUUGGAAGCGGCACACGACAUGCUGGCAGUGCGAAGGUCUUCUGCGUCCUGUCGGGGGCCAGCCACCACCUCGUGAUGCAGGGUCGUGGAGCCGUGGACCGCCCGCACUACCUGGCGCAGCACAGCCAGGACACCCACCAAGCCCCUUCGUGCGGCCGCCCCCAGGGCAGUGGGCUCCUCCAGGGGCGGCAGCCACGGCGGCCACCCUCGGCGACGGCAGUGCCAACCCGUUCGCUCCCUCGACCGACCAGCUGUUCGAGGCUUUGCUGCGUCGCGCCCCGCAGCAUGGCGAGCGCUUGGCGGCGCUCAAGAAGGAGUUCGAGGACGCUCCGCCGCCAGCUGCCGCCGCCCCAGUCAAGCCCAGCCUCGAGCGUGAGAGAGAGGCACAGCGGCUGGCAGUGGCUGCUCGCAAGGCCGAUGAAUCCCUUGCGAAGGCGAUCGCUCACGAACAGGAGUGCACCGACUGGCUGGCACGGGCUCGGGCGGCUGUGGAGCAGGCUGCGCAAGAUGCAGCUGACGCCAGGCUGGCCCAUGAGCAGCAGUUGGAGCAAGACCUCCAGCGCCUCAAGAGUCGAGAAGGUGCUGCACGUGUCGCCGCUGCCGCCGAUCCCAAGCCCAAGCUCAACCUGUCCAGCUUUCUCGACGAGGGCGACGAGCUCGGGCAACUGUUCGAGUUCGAGGACGGCGAGGCCUUCGACUUCGCCGAUCUGGACCUGGCCAAGGAAGACAUCGAGGCUUGGCAGAAGCACAAGAUUUCGCUGGCACAGGAGAUCAAGCAGGCGAUCAGUGCGGCGAUUGGCCCAGCAGCUGCUCAACUGGGUGCUCGCAGACAACAGUUCAAGGAGUUCAAGGCUCGCAUGGCCUCCAAGCGUCGACGCGUGGGAGCUCAAGGCGAGGCAGCUGCUGAAGGUAAAGAUCGUGGUGAGGAGCAGCCUGCAGGUGGAGACCAGCCUGCUGCCCCUGCCGCAGGCGAUGGUCAGGCAGCACCCUCUGCUGGGCAGCGCGCCGCGGCCUCGGCAGCAGCCACUGCCGCCGCUGCUGCAGCAGCGCCUCCCUCGCAGCCCCAGGAGGCGGCGGCAAGCGAGGCGCCCCCGAAGGCGAAGGCGUCCCAGGAGCGAGUGCAGCGGGUUCUGGCAGAAGCCAGGGGCAACCCGCCCUCGUCGGCGACCUACGCUGACGGUGCCCUUUUUGCAGAGAGUGGUGUUGAUAUCAUCAUCAUGCCCGAGACGCACGUGCUGGCUUGCGACACUCAGGAUAUUUUGAGCACGCUGAAGCAGCACAAAUGGCAAGGUAUUGUUUCUCCAGCAUACCCCACGACCUACGUGAAGAAGGCAGGUGGCAUUGUUCUGGGUAUCCGUCAGCAUCUUUGUUGGUCUUCUUUUCGCCACUUGUCGGACGACCCUGACAACGCGAUCGGCUUAGUUGACGUCAGCAGCAAGCAGAAGUUAUCGGGGCCCUUGUCCUUCAAGGAUGUGGUGGCGGUCGAGUGGAAGAUCGCCAGAGUCCCGCUGCUAGUGAUUGGUGCUUAUUUGACUGUCCCAAUGGCCUCUUGGAUUCGUAAGUGGAAUGGGCAUUUUUACCACCCACCUGGCAUCACCCACACGUCCACGAGGGGCAAGGGGCAGCGAAUCAUCGACUAUGCUGUGGCUUCUCAGGACUUCUCUACACUUUUUCAUGAUGCGAUCCAGCUGGAUGCUGAGGGUGGUGACCACUACGGCAUGAUUUUGGAGUUGAAUGUUUCUGCCCAACAGUCUGCACGUCGAGUCUUGGACCUACCGAAGAUGUUCCUGCCACCGCUGCCCACCAAGUUAAAGGGUGACCCCAACAGCAAACGGUCGAGGAAGAAAUUGGAGUUGGAGCGGCGACGGCAGCAACGAGCUCUGGACCACUCGGAGGAUCUCGAGCAAGAACUUCCUGAACCCGAGUCUGAAGACGAGGAGUUCUUGGCGCAACCUCAGCAGGCCAGCUCGUGCACGAAAUACCCAGAGGAGGCUCGCAAGUUUCUACAUCGAGAUUUGUUCGACUUCGACUCCGAGGCGCUUCAGCAGAUGUGGCAGUCGCAUAUUUAUGACCACAAGACUUCUGAGGUCAAGCCUGUAGCUCAGGACUGCCACCCAGCCAAGUAUUUAGAGUGGAGGGUUGAAGAUCUGGAUAAGCUUUGGGCCACCAUUGACAACAACACUCUCCAGCACUGUGAGUGGACCCUACCGCCAGAUUGGAUACAAGACAGCCUCUCGUAUAAGUAUGAUCCCGAGACUGCUAUCGAGCUGGGAUCAGACUACGGAAGAUUUACGUCAGUUUUUGAGAAUUGUCUGUGUCGUGUACUUGAGGUACCACCAGAUCGAGCUUGGCAUUACAAAGGCCGUGGAGUUGCGAGGGAAUUCAAAACUUUGCCGAUUUCAGCACCCGCGCCAACAAGAGCGCAUUCAGAUAUGUCAAUCAAGUGGUGGCUGCAAGUUUCUGGUUGGAUUCAGGAGCUUAUUCGAGUCUCUGCCAGUGGAACCCAGCAGCACGUCGAGGAGUUCUCUACUGCAGCAGGUGGUGACUCCCCCCCUCCUCCCCCCGUUUUGCUCAGCCCAGUCUCGAAAAAACAAGUCAGGACAGCAUCGAGAAAAGACUUCUUGGUGCAUAGGUUGGCACAGGCUCCUGCUGACAUGCCACUUUCAGGUUUCGGCCAGGUAAUAGGCAGAGAUCGGCAGGACUGGGCCAGCACACUUCUUAACAUUCACAAUCUACCGAGAGAAGCUCUCAUUACGAUGGGAGCAUCAGCGGAUAAGAUCGCAGCAGCCCUGGAGCGCAAGGCGGCCAAGGAGAGUUACAGCGCUUUUCAAUCUUGGAUUCGAGAUUAUUUUGCUCAAGGCUGUGGGAAGUUACACCGGUACGCUAAGCCCAAGACGCGUGUUGAGACAGAGUACCGCGACCUGAAAGGAAGUUCCACGAGCCUCAAGGAUAUUUUGGUCCAGAAGAGUCAGCUUUGGCAACGCAAGUGGGCUUCCAAAAUUUUGUCAGUGCAAAGGUUGUUUCAACUCCUUCGACGGGCUCACGCUAAGGCAGCAGCACAACCCUGGCCAGCUCUGGAGCCUGAGCAGAUCGCCAUCACAGUCAAGCAGAUCAACUCCAGCAAGGCCGCAGGCAUCGAACAACUGGGCGGUACCCUCAAGUAUUUACCUCCAGCUGGCAUUGCUCACUUGACGGGGUUUUUGAAUGAAUGCGAACGACGAGGAGGCUGGCCUUGGCAGAUUCAGACUGCUAUUGUUGCUCUUUUGAGGAAAGGCGCUGACACUGAUCGUUCAAUUGGUCUUAUCCCAGAUUUGAUACGCUUGUGGAGUUCAGCCAGACAGUACGCUAAGCCCAAGACGCGUGUUGAGACAGAGUACCGCGACCUGAAAGGAAGUUCCACGAGCCUCAAGGAUAUUUUGGUCCAGAAGAGUCAGCUUUGGCAACGCAAGUGGGCUUCCAAAAUUUUGUCAGUGCAAAGGUUGUUUCAACUCCUUCGACGGGCUCACGCUAAGGCAGCAGCACAACCCUGGCCAGCUCUGGAGCCUGAGCAGAUCGCCAUCACAGUCAAGCAGAUCAACUCCAGCAAGGCCGCAGGCAUCGAGCAACUGGGCGGUACCCUCAAGUAUUUACCUCCAGCUGGCAUUGCUCACUUGACGGGGUUUUUGAAUGAAUGCGAACGACGAGGAGGCUGGCCUUGGCAGAUUCAGACUGCUAUUGUUGCUCUUUUGAGGAAAGGCGCUGACACUGAUCGUUCAAUUGGUCUUAUCCCAGAUUUGAUACGCUUGUGGAGUUCAGCCAGACAGACUUUUCCUUCUGAAUGGGUCGAGCAGAUGGCUGGCAAGUGGGACAAUGCGAUCAGAGGCUCUUCCUGCUUGCGUGUCGGACUUCUACGAGCCUUCUCUGACGAAGCCAUCAGCAUGGGGCCCAAGCACACCGUCUCGGCUAGUCUUCUGUGGGACAUCGACAGCUUCUACGACUCGUUAGAGUACGAGCGCCUGUUCGAGCAGGGCUUGGCCCUGGAUUUUCCGCCUUUGAUGUUGCUGAUGGAAGGGCUGGCUCAUCUCACAGUUAGAGUUUUUCGUGAAGCAGGGUGCUUUUCACCACCAGUCCAGGCCAACAAGUCCAUCAUCGCAGGAGCUCGUAGAGGGGUCGAUUUUGGAAGAUUUUAUCUCUACAGUAUCCUUGAAGCUGUGUACAACAAAUACUCACCGUCGGUCAGCACGUCGUCUUGGGUUGAUGAUAUCACUCAGUACGCGUAUGGGUCCGUCAGGUUCCUUUCCCAGGCGCUCACCAAGGCUGGGGUUCUCUUGGGCAGGCUCUGCAACAAGGCGCACUUGAGUAUCGCUAGCAAGAGCAAGAUCAUCGCGGGGGACCCUGAAUUAGCAAAGGACAUUGCGCGCAAGUUGGCACAGCACAACAUUAAGAUCACUGUAGCACAGAAAGCAGUCGAUUUAGGCAAUGACAGAGGCACGAACAUGCGAGCACGGCCUAAAGCAGCAGCACGUCGCAAAGCAGCAUGGAAGCAAGUAGGCCGAGCUCGGAAGCUUAUUGGAGCAGGCAGAACAGGCAGAGCAGCAGCACGGCGCGUGAUACAUCGAGGAUGUUAUGCAAAAGUUCAGUAUGAUGCAGCUGUGUACGGUAUGAGCCCUUCGGCAGUGCAGGCUUGGCGCAGAGCUAUAGGAGGCACUUUCACUCUGUCGGUCCGGGGCAGGUGCCUCGACACUCUUUUACAGCUGGAGCUUGGAGAUCAAGAUCCAGCAAUCUCGCAGGUAUUUAAGAUGCUCGACAGCUGGAUGGCCAUUCUUGCGUCAGGAGCUGAAGCACGAGCUUUUGCAGCACGAGAUUGGUCGCAGCACGUGGCUAGGGCUAGAGAGAUUCCUAAGCAUCGAUGGCGCAGAAUCACAGGCCCCACCAGAGCUGUAGUAAAUACCCUUCUGGACAUCAACUGGGACCCCAUUGGACCUUGGCAUUGGGUUUCUGAUCUUGGGAACGUCUAUCAGGCUACUCCAGAGGUCCUUGAAGCAGGUUCACUAGAUCUAGAUUAUAUCCGCCAAGACCUAGCCGAUUCAGUUCGUCGGGUUCUUUGGAAGCGAGCAGCAAAACAUGAUGAGAGCGCUGAUGUUGCUAACGGAGUAGACCUAACUGGUGUACGACAGCAGUUACGGCGAGCUAGAGAUAAAGACCAGCUUAAGUGGGCAGGAGCUUUAGUCAACGCUGACAUUUUUGUGCACAGCCACGGCUUCUUCCCCGACGGCACAGACCUGAUCGUCGGCGCAGGUGAUGCCUCAGGGGGUAAAUACUCGGAUCAGGACCGCCGCAGGGUGCCCGUGGCGCUGCAGGGCGCGCUCGGCGCCGCGCCGAGGCGGUGGCUGCUGCUGGUCACGAGGCCGCAGCUCCCCAGGACCUCGUCGCCGUCGGGCCGCCGGCCCCCGCCCUCUCCGACCACGGCGACGAGGGCGGUCGUGUCGUCGGCGUUGUUCGCGGGGACCUCCGACCUGGAACCGCUCGAGCCCCACGGCUGCGGGCGGGCGCCCUCCGGGCCGCCCAGCCGCACCCGCGAGAUGGCCAGGUCCACCAGCGCGGUGGCGGCGCUCCUCAGCUGCUCCGGGCUCGCGCGCGGCGGCGGCGCGCCCGCGCGCGGGGGCGCGCAGUGCUGCUCGACCGUGCCCCGGAUCUCCUGGGGGGGUUGUCGAAGAGGCCGUCGCUGCCUAGCACCAGCAGGUCGCCGCUCUGCACUGGGGUCGUGUUGA